AUGACUCUGGGCGGCAUUCUCCUCGGCAUCAUCGCCAUCUUCUUCCCACCAGCCGCUGUCAUCGUCCGAAGAGGCUGCCACAUGGACUUGGUCAUCAACAUCAUCUUACUCUUCCUCGCAUGGAUCCCUGGAAUCGUCCACGCCUGGUACAUCAUCGCGACCUACCCGAGUCUCCGCCAAAGACACAGAAGAGCACGGGAACGGAGACGCAGUCAACUCAUCGGGACGCGCAGCCCGAGCAUGAGCGUCAUCAGCCACGGGUCAGGCUAUACACAGCGACGCAGCUCUUCUCGAAGACGGAGCACGUCUCGCAACCCUUCCGUUAUCCGCCAUGAACGUGUGUCGCGCUCUUACCAUCGCGACGACGCGUAUCCUGGCGGCAGGACUGUGUACUAUCCGCCGGUCACUCGGAAGUAUUGA